AUGCAGCCGCAGAGGACUGCAGCUAACGGCAGCCCGGGCCGGGACGAUGGAUGGGCGGAGGUGCGGGAGGAGCAGAGGCCGGCGAAGCAGUCACUGAGCACCUCGGUUUGUCGGGAGUCGCACUGGAAGUGCCUGAUCCUCUCCCUCCUGAUGUACGGCUGCCUGGGGGCCGUGGCCUGGUGUCAGCUCACGCGGGUGACCAAGCUGCGCUUCGACAGCUCCCUGAAGGGCAAGUCCAUGAUCUACCACGACAGCCCGUGCUCCGACGGCUACGUCUACAUCCCGCUGGCCUUCCUGGCGAUGCUGUACGCGGUGUACCUGGUCGAGUGCUGGCACUGCCGCGCCCGGAGCGAGCUGCAGCACAAGGCGGACGUCGACAGCGUGUACGAGCGAAUCGGCCGCAUGCGGCGGGCGGCGCCCUGCAUCUGGUGGAAGGCGGUUAGCUACCACCUGGUGCGGCGCACGCGCCAGGUCACGCGCUACCGCCACGGGGACGCCUACACCAGCACGCAGGUGUACCACGAGCGCGUGAACACGCACGUGGCCGAGGCGGAGUUCGAGUACGCGCGCUGCGGCGUGCGCGACGUCUCCAAGGAGCUGCUGGGCCUCGAGCGGCACCCGGCCACCCGCCUGCGCUUCACCAAGUGCUUCAGCUUCGCCAAUACCGAGUCGGAGAACAGCUACCUGAACCAGCGGGCGACCUUCUUCGGCGAGAUCGAGGGCCUCGACGACUACAUGGAGGCCCGCGAGGGCAUGCAGCUCAGGAACGUCGACUUCAAGGACUCCAUGAUGGUGUACGUCGACCCCGACCGCCUGCCCUGGUACAUCUCGCCGUACGCCUUCUGGGCGGCCGGCCUGCUCAUGCUGUCGUGGCCCCUCCGGGUCCUGGUCGAGUACCGGACGGCCUACGUCCACUACCACGUGGAGAAGCUCUUCGGCCUGGACUACAGCGCCGCGACGCCGACCGAGGAGGGCGGCCAGUACUCGCCGACGGUGCCACAGCCCCCCACCCGGCUGGGCACGGUGGACAGCACCGAGCUCGAGUGGCACAUCCGCAGCAACCGGCAGCUCAUCCCAAGCUACUCGGAGGCCGUGCUGAUGGACCUCGCCUCACUGCCCAUCUGCAAUGGCUACUCGGCCUGCGGCGUCGUGCGCGCCGCCGACUGCGACGGCCGCUCCAGCAGCUCCUCCAUCUUCUCCCGCAACGUGUGCCGCAGCCAGUCGCGCUUCUCGCUGGACACCAGCCGCUUCUCGCUGUGCCGCCUGCACGGCUCCCGGCGGACCGGCCUGUGGCACAGCCACAGCAGCAAUGUCAACGACCGCUGCCGCGACGACCACUGCCGCUCGUACUCCAGCCAGCUGGCGGUCAGCGAGAACCCGCCCAACUACCACGACGCCCGCUUCUUUCCGGUGCUGAUCGUCCACCGGCCGUGCCAGGGCCUUGAGGCGGACGGCCGCAGGGGAAAAAAUCCAAGGCUGAACAGAAGUUGACAGAGAGGCACUGCAAACCCGUUGGCGUCUACGUGACAUUGGGACCUGUGGAAG